CACCAUCCUGGGCUCAUGGCUGUUCUUGGGUCACCACUGUUCUUGGGCCACCACUGCUCUGAGGUCACCGCUACCCUGGGGGCACCGUCCCGGGGUCACCACCGUUUGGAGGACCCUCUCGCCCAGCCCAGCGCCGCAGCCCCUUGCGCCCCGCGGCGCCCACUGUCGGCGCCCCUGUGGCCCCGCCCCGCCCCCUUCCGCCGCGUCGGGGGCGUGGCCUCCCGGGCCGUACCAAGCACGGCGGGCUGGGGGGUGACGCGCAUUGCCCGGUGCCGCGGCCCCGCGGAGGUGCCCCCGUUGGGCAGGAUGCGUGGGGGCUGCACGGUGGCCGUGGCCGUGCCCUGGCUUGCCCUGCUGGCUCUGGCCCGGCAGCCCCCUGAGAAGCCAUCAGCCGCCCCCCUGUUCACCCGCCGACCCUUCCUGGUGGCCUGGAACAUGCCCACCCAGGACUGUAAGCCCCGCUUCCAAGUGUCCUUCGACUUCAGCCUCUUCGACCUGGACGCCUCCCCCAACGAGGGCUUCGUGGGCCAGAACCUCACCAUCUUCUACAAGGAGCGCCUGGGGCUCUACCCCUAUUACAACCGCCAGGGUGUGGCCAUCAACGGUGGUGUCCCCCAAAACAGCAGCCUGUCCGAGCACCUCGCCCGCCUCCGGGAUGGCAUCAACAAGUACAUCCGCUCGCCUGCCAAGGAGGGGCUGGCCGUCAUUGACUGGGAGGAGUGGCGGCCCAUCUGGGCUCGCAACUGGAAACCCAAGGACAUCUACCGGGAUGUGUCUCAGCAGCUGGUGUACCAGCGGCAGCCCACCUGGUCCCGUGAGGAGUUGAACAAGCAGGCCGUGUUUGAGUUUGAGUCGGCUGCCCGGCAGUUCAUGGUGAGCACCCUGCGCAUGGCCAAGAGCUUCCGACCCAAGCAGCUCUGGGGGUUCUACCUCUUUCCCGACUGCUACAACCAUGACUACAGCAAGAACAAGGAGAGCUACACCGGGCAGUGCCCAGAUGUGGAGAAGACACGCAAUGACCAGCUGGCAUGGCUCUGGAGGGAGAGCAUGGCCCUCUACCCGUCCAUCUACCUCGACUUUCUCCUGGCUUCCACCCCCAACAGCCGCAAGUUUGUGCGGGCACGGGUGAUGGAGGCCAUGCGUAUCUCGCAGCAGCACCACGACGGCUACUCCCUGCCUGUCUUUGUCUACACCCGGCCCACCUACAGCCGCAAGCUGGAAGUGCUCAGCCAGGCAGACCUGAUCUCCACCAUUGGAGAGAGCGCAGCGCUGGGUGCAGCUGGGGCCAUCUUCUGGGGUGACUCAGAUGACACUAAAGACCAGGACUCGUGCCAGAUGAUCAAGAACUAUCUGGAGGGGGACCUGGGCCGUUACAUCGUGAACGUCACGACAGCGGCGCAGCUCUGCAGCACAGCGCUGUGCCAGGGCCGGGGCCGCUGCCUGCGCCAGGACAGCACAGCCGAUGUCUUCCUCCACCUCAACUCUACCAGCUUCCAGCUGCGACACCGGGAUGGAGACCACCCCCAGCACCCCCUCUUCUGGGCAGAAGGCCAGCUAUCCUCUGCUGACAUCCUGUUCCUACGGACCCACUUCCACUGCCACUGCUACCAGGGCUGGCAGGGCAGCAGCUGCCAGGUGCCUGCCAGCCCCCGCAGCCAUGCCCCCGUUCCCCUGGCGCCACUGGGACUUGGGGUGCUGUUGCUGCUUGUGAGCUGGUGCUAAUCCUGCUGGACUGAGCUGGUGCCCCCCACAUCCCUUUUCUGUGGCAGUGUAGGGGACUUAAAGAUAUCCCUACCCUGCCUGUGUGGCAGCUUGUUAUGGGGGGCUGCUCCUCACCGUGUGGUUGCCCCACUUCUGCCCUCCCUGCUGUGGGGCGGGCACCCCCCAUGGAGAUGGAGGGCAAGGUAGGUGGGUGAGUAGGGGGCCGUCUUCUGUUAUAAGGAGAGGGAUAGGGGUGAGGGGGGGCAUGGGGGCAGGGAGCAGGUGCUGUGUGGUGCUGACCCCCUGUGCACUGCCCCACACCGAAGUGCUUUACCUCGAAUAAAGCUGGGCAGAGUGUGA